AUGAUGUGGAGAACUGAGCACCCUGGAAUCGAUCGUGGCGUUGAUGGUGCUGCUGAUGGUGCUUCCUCUCCUGAAAUCAGAGCUGUGGUACCUGAGCUGUACAAUUUGCUCUACGAUUUCAACUUUUUUGGGAAAGAAGCUUUUAUGGCGGUACUGGACAGUUUGCUUGCAAAAAAAGAAGAUAAAUCGAGUGUGCCGUCUUCACCAAAUACGAGAAAGAAUAAAGGAGGUCGGCCACCAGCUGGGAAGCGAGGCGGUGGAAAAGCCAAGAAAAUAAGCAAGUCAGCUCGUGCUGGACUACUGUUUCCUGUAACCAAGUUUCAUCGAUUGCUUAGGAAAGGUCGCUAUGCGAGACGGAUCUCUCAGUCCGCAGCUGUUUAUUUGAGUGCUGUCAUCGAAUAUCUUUCUGCAGAGAUGUUGGAGUUAUCCGGGAAUGCUUGCCGAGACAAUAAACGUCAGCGACUUAUCCCCCGUCACAUUGUACUUGCUAUGAAGAAUGACGAGGAAUUGAAUCAGUUCUGCUCUCGAGUUACCUGUCCGGGUGGUGGCGUCCUGCCAUUCGUACAUCCGGCUUUGUUCGCAAAAGGGGCAAACUCAGUACCACUGCGACCAGUACGGCGAAUUAGCACCAGUUUGUGCGAGCCAGGAACCACAUAA